AUGGCGCUCUCUCGUUGUCUGAAUCUUUCGAUUCGGCAGGAGAUUACAUUGCCUAUCAGAUUUGUUGCUGCUAAAACCCCUCCUGCUAAAGUUAAUCUGGAUCUUCGUAGAGUCCUACUUAAUGAGGUCGACUCGAAGUUCAGAACUAGGAUGCACGAUGCAAAAUACGAAUCGCCUGAUUUUUCAAUGACGGACACGGUGACGGUUCCCAAAGACACUGAUAUUACGCCCUUAGAGUGCAUACCCAUCGAACAACUGGAAACUAGGACUGUUCGCAUCUAUAUGCCAAGCAAAUCGGCCACUCAAUCUGGCACUUUUGGUUCGAAUAAGUGGCGAAUUGAGUUGGACAAUCUGGGGCGCUGGGAGAACCCUCUAAUGGGGUGGGCUAGCACAGGUGAUCCCCUUUCCAACUUUUCAUUGGAUUUUUCUGAUGCCACAUCUGCCAUAGCCUAUUGCGAAAGUCAGGGCUGGAAUUACUUUGUCGAGGAUCCAAAAAAGACUACCGUGAAACCGAAGAGCUAUGCCGCUAAUUUCUCAUGGGAUAAACGCACCCGUCGUUCCUGCAAGUAG